CAAGUCCCCAACAGUAUUUCCCCCGGGAAUUCGAGGAGUUCGUGGCCGAGUGUCUAAACUGGAACGCGAACGAGAGGCCAAUGCCUUCUAUAUCUGCACUUCUGUGCCAUGACUUCUUCACCGGGAGUGGAAUGGAUACUCGUAGCCAGACACAUAUCUUUGAGAAUGUUGUGAUCAAGAGGAUGAUGAAGUGAUACUUCUCUGGAUUCAAUACUGGCAGCUGGAUACAUACAUACCUGUACAGACAUAGUCAAUCAGAUCUUCAUUUCGGAUACGAUAUACUACGUAAUUCUCAGUUACUUAGCUUGCUCCUGCUUGUUCUUCACAAAACUUCCCACGCAACGAAAGGAACAAACUAGUAGACGAUCGAAGAACAAAGAAACUGCAAGCCAAAAAACAGAGAUGAGACCAAAGAUUAUUGAAACCGGAAAAACCCUCUUUACAGAGACAAUUUUGUGCCAAGAGUUCAAAGUAGAAUUUGGUGUUGAGUAUCCACUGCAGCUGAAACGGCUAUGGUUGUGGGCUAAGGAAGCAUUAUCUGAUGAUAGAGCACAUACUUUUGUCUUUAAUAAAGAUGCCUUUGGGGUGGAAAAGAAGUUAUCAGUUUUUCUGAGUGAUAUACAUGCUCUGUGCGCUCGUGGCGAGAUGGCUGGAAGCAUAAUUACAAUAUACAUCCACUGCCUGUAUGAGCUUGUGAAAAAAACAAAAUGCUUCAGAUGAUCUCUUUCGUGGAUCCCGGCAUGGUAGGGACGCUUGCAUGUGGGGACAUAGGGCAGAGGUCACGCAAGCUUGCUGAUCGCUUUAAGGGGGCCUGUGAUGGACAACACUUUCUAAUACCGUUCAAUGACGUGAAUCAUUGGGCUUUGACUGUUGUCAAACCUAAUGAAGAGGUAGUGUACUACAUGGACCCCCUUAAGCGGCGUAUAGAUAGUCAGGAGUGGACUGAAGUGGUUGAUAAUGCUAUAGUUUGUACAAGAGUACCAUGAACACACCUAUGUUGAAGAAGAAAGUGUCUUGGGAGAACAUGGCGGGCAUCCCGAUGCAAAAAGGGAGUGUAGACUGUGGCUUGUUUGUAAUGCGAUACAUGAAAGAGAUCUGUCAGGAUAAGGAGGUUCAAUUUGCUUCAAAGUGGGCACGUCGGGGAAAUCUGGAAUACACCGAGGAUGAUAUCAAUCAAACAAAGGUUGAAUUUGCGAAGUAUUUUAUGAGUCAUAAUGCCAUUUGAAUGGUUCUACCCCUGGACUUUGGUUGUAUGUUUUAUUGUGUUAGAUUGUUGAAUCAUGUAUUGGGAAUUUAUAUUUCUUUUCUUGAUCAGUCUUUCUGUUGUAUGAA